CCUUUUAUCAAUUCUGAAGCAAAAUUUUUCUCAAGUUAGUACAAUUUAGUAAAACUAGAUAAAAAAACACAUGAAGAUAGAGCAAUUUGCUGAGUAAUACGGAUUAUUUUAGUGCUUGUUUCAGUUGAUAUACCUUUUUGAAUGAUGAUGAGAGGAGUAAGAUGAUCUCGAGUUCAAAGGAAAAAAGUUUUCAAGCAAAGCAAGAGGCCAGUGAAACCAAUGACAGCAAGGUCUCGAAGGGGCCAUCAAGUUCAAGGCAGUGGCCGGGGUUUAGAAAUCCAAGGAUUGUCAGAGUCUCGCGUUCUUUCGGAGGAAAAGAUAGGCAUAGCAAAGUUUGCACAAUAAGGGGACUAAGGGACCGGCGGAUUAGGCUUUCCGUACCUACUGCAAUUCAGUUAUAUGAUUUGCAAGACAGGCUUGGCCUUAGUCAGCCAAGCAAGGUAAUCGAUUGGUUGCUUGAUGCUACUAAAGAUGAUAUUGAUAAGCUCCCUCCACUUCAGAUGCCUCAGGGUUUUGGUCAGUUCCAUCAGCCAAUGCUGGUUUCUCAUGAAUCAAAUGCCUCCCAAUCUUCUCUUGCUCCUUUCUUCGAUGCAAAUUCUAUGUUCAUCAAGGAUGGAGGAGAAGAUCAAAGCAUAGCAGCGAAAAGAUAUUGGGACACUAUGGAUGCUGCACUGAGAGCAAGAAGUAAUGAAGUUGAAAGAGAAAGUACAACUGCUGCUGCUGCUGCUGCUGCUGAGAAGGGAAAGUGGAUCAAAAUAAAUGAAGAACAAAAUCAAGAUGGAAAUAUUGGUGAUUAUACUAGUGGACAGGCUUCAUCUCUAGAGCUUUUUCCCAAUGCCAUGCCCUUCAAUUCCUACUACCAUUGGGAGCCUUCAAGUCUAUCAUUAUCUCAAUUUGGAAACCAUGGAUUUCUGCCACAAACUGAAAAUUUCCUCGAUGGUAACACCACUGUGCCGCUGCCAUCUUCACUUUCUCUUCCAUCAGCACAUGCACCACAGUUAUUUUUCUGCCCACCGUCGACAAUGCCUUCACUUUUCCCCACAUAUCCUCUAUAUGGUACUACUCCAGGUCCAGGGGACAGUAGUGAUUCCAGGCAAAUGAACCGUUUCCAAUUAUUGAGCUCAAAUUCCCAACAUUUUCUACCAAAUUCUUUCACAAUGAGUUCUCCCAUGAAGCCUUUUUCAUUAAACGUAAAUGCUGGCCUCACUCACACACAAAAUGAUGAUGAAAGUCAUGCAGAUGAUCAGGAUAAUACCAAUUCUUGA